GCUCCUCUCUACCGGCACUCAGCUGUUGUACUUUCACCGUAAUCAUCUUUUCGCAGCGGCGAAAACAUCCCAAAUCCAUUCCAAUCUUUGAAAGAUCUCUCAUAAACAUAUCCCAAAACAAAUAAGAUAACGAUGGCUGCGACUGCUCCAGUGAUCAUGCGCGUCAUGGCGUCCUCGAUAAGCACGGCAAAGCGGGCUGGCGGGAUCAUACGCGAUGUGCUCAAAAAAGGCGACCUCGGAAUAGUAGACAAGGGAAAAAACGACUUACAGACAGAGGCGGAUCGCUGCGCUCAACGCUGCAUCAUCGCAUCUCUGACCAAAAAGUUUCCAACUGUGAAGAUCAUCGGCGAGGAAGGAGGUUCCGACCUAAACGUCUGCGACGAUUGGCUGGUCUCAGAGCUGGAUGAAGGAUUCUUACAACAAAGCUGCCCGUCGGAGUGGGAGGAUGUCAAACCCGAGGACUUUGUAAUAUGGGUGGAUCCCCUCGACGGCACAGCGGAGUACACACAGGGGCAUGUGGAGCACGUUACCGUACUUAUUGGGAUAGCUGUCAAGGAUUCUGCGGUGGGCGGCAUCAUCCAUCAGCCCUUUUACAAGCAGCCCGAUGGCGAAAUGGGUCGCACUAUUUGGGGCCUCAAGGGUCUGGGAACUGGAGGAUAUACAGCGGUGCCCGCUCCACCCGGCCAAUUCAUCAUCACCACCACACGCUCACAUUCCAAUGCCCUGCACCAGCAAGCUCUUAAUGCUUUCGCAUCCACAGAGGUUCUAAAAGUUGGAGGAGCUGGCUUUAAAGUUCUGCAGCUUUUGGAGGGCAAGGCCCAUGCCUACGUAUUUGCCACGCCGGGAUGCAAGAAGUGGGACACCUGCGCACCCGAGGCCGUGCUGGAAGCCCAGGGCGGGACCCUAACCAACAUCAAUGGCGACCACUACGCCUACAACGCGGAUGUGGAGCAUGUGAAUCGUCAGGGCGUCCUGGCCAGCUUGGGACAGAACCAUGCCGAACUGGUUGGGAAGAUACCCGCAGAGGUGCGGGCGGCAGUGGGAGCCAAGUGAGAUAGCAUUGAAUUCCAGCACUUUAUUAGUUUAUUUGCACUAAAAGUAAACACAUAAAUUAAGCAAUAACAGGUUAGAGAAUUUGACAAUUGUUGAAACUGG